GAUAAGUUUCAACUUUGAUUCAGAUGGCAUCUACAUCUACAGUAUAUGCUGAUUAUCUGAUCAACUGUUAAAUAUUUGAUGUUAAUAUCUGUCAUCCAUGGGUAAUUUAUCUCAUUUUACAACCAUUAUAUUGGCUGGUUACAUUGAUAUUGGGAAUAUUAAGUAUUUAUGUUUCAUUGUCUUGAUCCUGUUGUUUGUUGCAAUCAUAGUGGCAAAUCAAUUAAUUAUUGGAGUAAUAUGUAAGGAGAAGUCCCUGCAUGAACCUAUGUAUGUUUUUUUAUGCAGUUUGUCUGUAAAUGAACUUUAUGGCUGCAUUGCUUUAUUCCCAUCCCUUCUAAGUAAUAUGCUACUGUCAAAGAUCCCAGAAGUUUCACUCACCCUUUGUCACGCUCAGAUAUUUGCUUUGUACACUUAUGCAUCAGUAGAAUUCUGUAAUUUAGCAAUCAUGUCUUAUGACAGGUAUGUAGCCAUCUGUUACCCGUUAGAAUAUCACAGAAUCAUGUCUCCUGCCAGGACAGUUACAUUGAUUGCUCUGGGGUGGUCAUUAUCAAUUAUAAAAUUCUCCAUUACUUUAUCAGUGAAUGUACAGCUAAAGUUGUGUGGAAAUGUAUUGGACAAAGUAUGGUGUGACAACUACAUGCUUGUAAAACUGGCAUGCUCAGACACCACAGUAAACAAUAUCUCUGGCAUAAUUGGUACCACCAUGACCAUUGUUGCUCCUCUGGCAUUAAUUUUGUUCUCAUAUACAAAAAUUUUAAGAGUCUGCAUAAAGUCCACACGAGAAAAGUCCCAAAAAGCUUUAAGCACAUGUACUCCCCACAUUGUCUCUCUGGUGAAUUUCUCCAUUGGCUGUUCAUUUGAAGUGAUCCAAAGCAGAUUUGAAAAGGUGCCUGUGCCUCCUGUACUACGUGUGAUUCUUUCAAUUUAUUUUCUGAUGUGUCCGCCACUCAUCAAUCCUAUCAUGUAUGGUAUGAGACUUUCUAAAAUAAAAAGGGCACUUAAAAAAAUUAUUUACCCCAGGAACCAUAUAAAACCUGUAUCACAAUAGUGUGUAAAAUUGUUCAUUGUCACCGUUCAGGUAGAAAAAUAAGUCAUGUGCUUAAAAAAAAAAAAAAAAAGAAAGAAAGAAAGAAA